GUUCAAGUCACCGGCUUAGAAACGUCUUCGUUGUAUUAGGCGAAUAUGCUAUAACUCUCCCGCGUGUGUACGUUGUCAGGGCUUGUCUACGGACGUUUACUUGAACCUGUUAUGCAAAACAUGUACAAUGUCAGGAAAGCAAAGGCAGGCAGUGAAAGUAAAGAAGGUUGACAAGAGGGAGGAGCGGCGUGAAAAUUUGGUAGAGGAGCCUAUUGACGAAGAUGCACAUCCAUGGAAGAAUGUGGUUCGGCCUAUCAGCUCCCAGCCGCCCAAGGACAACAACUUCACCCUGGAUGAUGAAGUGGCAUCGGCUGCGAUCGAGAAUUUGUUGUCCUCUUUCACUGUCUCGGACCCUAAUGAGGAGGGCAACCCUCUUUGCUAUGUCAGUCCCGGGUUCUUGUCGAUGACUGGAUACAGCGAGCAGGAGUGCUUGGGGCGGAACUGCAGCUUCUUACAGUCUGGCAAAUGCGAUCCUGCUGCGCUCCAAGCGCUGCGCGCCAGCGUCGCCGAACGGCGGUUCACGGCCACCGAGCUCACCAACUUCCGCAAAGACGGGCGCCCCUUCCAGAAUUAUCUCAGUCUGUCGCCGGUACUAAGCAGCGACGGCAGCACGCUGCUGCACAUGGUGGGCGUGCAGUGCGACGUAGACGAGCGGCGGCGGCGCGGUGAGGUGGUGGACGAGGCCUUCUACUCCAAAUGGCAGGAGCAGCUCAAACACUGCCUCACCGCGUUCGCCCUUGUCGACGUGAGCUCAGCCGGGCCGGGCGGCAGCACCGCUGCAGCCACGCCCACCACUCCCACAGCAGCAACGGGCGGGGGCGCUGCAGCUCGCAGCGGCUUGGCCUCCGCGGGCUCGAACGCGGGCGUGGGAGCCGCCGGCAGCGCUGGAGGCGCAGGCGGUAAUGCCAGCCAGGGCUCAGCCCCAUCCCCCCCCACAGCGGGUGCGGUGUGCGCCGUGUCGCCCGGCUUUACCGCUCUGACGGGGUACAGCCAGUCGGACGUGCUUGGCUGGAACAUACUGAGUCUGUGCGGCCCGGACUCCUCAGAGCGCGACAUGCGCAAGCUGCUGACCUCGCAGUGGUCGCACACGCCCACAGCGGUGAAGCUGCUGUGCUAUAAGCGCGACGGAACACCCUUCUGGGCCUACGUUCUCAGCUGCCCGCUGGUGACCAACGGGCCCGCGGGCGGGGCAGCAGCAGGCGGCGGGUUCGGGCAGGGUAGCUCAGCGAGCCGCAUGAGCAUGGGUCCCAUGGGGCCCACCACCUCAGGGCGACAGGCGCAGGGGGGCAAUGGUGGGAGGGCGUGCGGGCUAGGGCUGGGUUUCGGAGGCCUGAUUGGUGCUGCGGCUGCUGCAGGCGGCGGCAGCGGAAGCUUGUCUUCUUCCACCGUGGGGUUGCCUCAAAGCGGCUUAGCCAGUGCUGCGUCCGGCAGCCUCGGAUCCGUUGGGCUGCCCUCCGUCAAGUACUGCCUGUGCUGCGUGGUGGACAUCACAGCGCAGCGGCUGAAAAAGGUUGUGGGCGGCAAGUACGUGCUAGGCAAGACCAUUGGCGCAGGGGCGUUCGGCCUGGUGCGCAUCGGCAAGAACAUCAUGACAGAUGAGCUGGUCGCAAUCAAGAGUGUGGACGCCAGCCGCUUCCGCAGCAUUGCCGAGAUUGACCAGAUCCAGGAGGAGAUGUCGGUGCUGUCGUCGCUCAAGCACCCCAACAUUAUCCGCCUCUUCGACGUGCACUUCCAGAACAACACGUUUUUCCUGGUCAUGGAGUUUGCGGGCGGCGGCUCGCUGGUGCACUUCAUGCGCACCCACGGUGACCCUGUGCGGCACUGCCUGGAUGAGGCCACGGCGGGCCGCGUGUUCACACAGAUGGUCUCCGCGCUCGACUACUGCCACAGGCGGCGGGUGAUCCACCGGGAUCUGAAGCCGGAGAACAUCUUAAUGGACGAAAACAACAACCUUAAAAUCGCGGACUUUGGGCUCGCGGCCGUCGCAGCUCCGUUCAGUGGGGGACUGACCCUUCAGUGUGGCACGCCGGAGUUCACUGCCCCCGAAAUCACCAUCGGUCGUGAGUAUGACGGUUGCAGUGUGGACAUCUGGAGCAUGGGCGUCAUCCUGUACGAGGCGCUCAGCGGCAAUCUGCCCUUCAAGGGAACCACCCAGGCGACACUGUUCAAAGCCAUCCAGAGGGGCGUGUUCGACCCGCUGCCCACCCACGUGAGCGCCGAGUGCAAAGACUUGGUGCGGCGCAUGCUGGUGGUGGACCCCUCCUCGCGCAUAUCCAUGGAUGAGAUACUGCGACACCCCUGGGUGGUCAAGGCGGCGGCAGCGGGCGGCAGGCAUUCGGGCACGGCCGCCGGUGCGCUGCCGAGCACCGCCUCGUGCGAGGGGUCUGGGAGCCCAGACGCCUUCCGGGUGACAUCGCCGGUGGCAGGCUCAGGCGCCCGGGCCUCCAACACAGGCUUCGGCGGGGCUGGCGGCGGGCCGGACGAUGGCCCGGGCGGGUGGGGCGCCGCGUCCAGCCCUACGCAGCGCGGCAGCGACGGCUCUGACCCGCUGCUGUCGUCCGCCGCGCCGCUGGGCUACCUCUCGCAGUCCCGACCCGCCAGCAGCGGCACGGCAUUGGGCGGCGGCGCGGGGCAGGGGCCCGGCCCACCCUCACCCUCGGCGGCGGGGGCGGUCCUGCCGGGGCUGGGACACGCCAACAGCACGGGUCCAGGUGGCUUGCACGACUCGGUGAAGCUUGUAAUUCCCUCAGGCGCCGAUCGAGACGACCCUGUGCUGGCCGCCAUCCUGCGCAGCAGCCACGCACAUGCCGACAGCGGCUCGCAGGGGCAGUCUCCCUCCCGCUCCGCCGCUGACGAUGGCGAGGAGGGCGACCUGCGCGUGCAGUCCAGCACCAUUUCCUACAACCCGGCUGGCCUGGCGGGGGGCAUGGGGUCGGGAGGUGCCGGGGUGUCACGCCGCGACACGAUGGCCUCCGCCUGCUCCUCGCGCAUGGGGGUGGCCAGCCGCAGCAUGGGCGGGGUGCAGCCCGGAGUUGGGGGCAAUCUGCCGGGGCACGGGCAGGCGGGUAGCGGCAAGGCGCGAGGCGGCGCCCUGCUGCCCACCCUGGGGGCCGCCAGCAGCCCGGGACUCAAUGCGGUGUUGGACAGGAGGAUGCAAGACCCCUCUCGCUUCCGCUCGCCUGCGCGGGUUCAGGGAGGGGCAGCCGGGCCGGCGGGUCGCGGCGGCAUGCCCGGUGCGCGGGGCCAGCAGGGCUCUCAGCAGGGGGCGCAGCCGCCCCAGGGCCAUGCCUCAACAGACGGCGUCAACCGACAGCUGCCGCCCAUUCAGCAGGCCGGCCGGCCCAUCGGCAAGAAGUCCAGCUGGAUGAUCGGGCCGUGAGGGGCGCGGUGAGGGUGAAGUGCAGCAUGGAGUGCAGCGGCUCGGGGUGCAGCGGCGUCGGGGCCCGAUCCUGACGGGUUGCAGCUGUGGGAAUGCCCCCACCAGGCAGAGGCUUGUCUGUGAGCUGCCUGCCGUACCGAGGCUUGCCUUUGGCCGACAGCCCGGAGUACCGCUCCUGAUGAGCAAAUCCACGAGCGUUCUUUGGCGUACGUAAGGAUGUGAAUUGGUUGGCGCGCGCGCUGAUUGACGACUUUCCAACAUUGAGUGGGCAUGGACAGGUUACGGACUUGACACCAAGACCAGUGAGCCCACCACCGCGAUUGCUAUUGUGUGCAUGGAGGUUGGUAAACAUGUUCUCGAGUGAUUGUCGAGGGGGUGACGAACCCUGAACUUCAAACUAUCGUUGACGAGUUUCCAUAGUAUACUAUUACCAGGCUGCACGAAGGGGUGGGGUGGGAGAGGAGUGCGCCAAAAGCGUCUUGCUUGUCUAUUUCAUCGUCAUCUGCUUGCUGUGCCUGCAGACGGAUCGGUUUCCUUUGCAUAUGGUAGGCGCUUUCCUGUCAACGCACAGCCAUUUAUGUUCAGUGACUUUCGGACGUUGAUGCGCCGUGUAUGUUGGCUUUCUCCGGCCUUCAGCCUCUGAGGGAGGUAGAGACUAACGAACCAUGUGACAAGGCUCCACCAUGGUGUGCCUCUGGGGGAUGGGCCCAGAGUGCUUAGAUCCUGGGCAUGGCCUCCCUGGCCCCUUCAAAUAUUCCUUAAACGUUAAUACUGGGAA